AAGAACUCAAUAAUUAGCCUACACAGUUUGUCAAAAGAAUGAACCCACCAACUUUAAGUGACUGGCAAAACAAAGACAUUGUGCCUUAAGCGGGCCCUGCAGCCAGUCGCCACCAGGGGCCAUCAAAAUGAACUGAUAAUAGAUCUGAGGUUCAACAAAAUCAAGGAUUUACAACCGGGUUCCUUCAGACGAUUAAAAAACCUCAACACCCUGUAAGUCUUUGUCCUCACUCUGAAUGCGCGAAUGUUAACUUUUGGAGAUAUAUAGUAGAACUUGUUUUUUGGUAAGAGUGUUUGUUUCCUAAAUACUGUUUAAUAAUAAUAAUGACUUGUUGGACAGAAAAUUAAAUGCCUUAAGAAAACUACUAUAAAAAAUGAAUCACCAGUCUCCUUAAAACAGCACUCUACACAAUGAUUGUUACUUCCCUAGAAAGUCCUGUUUGAUUCACACACAGGCAAAUUCUUGCUCUGUCCUGCUGUGGUUUCACACAUGUAGGUCAGCCCGUAAUCUGUGAAGAAUUUAUUUUUCCACUUCCACCCAGAGGGCUAUUUAUCAUAUGUCCAACCUGCUAGAUGGUGCGUUGCUAAGCUAAUAAAGCAGAAUUUUUCAUUGGCAACACAUUAGCAACCUUCCUGAAAUUCUACAGCUUACACUAUGUAGCUAUAUCAGCAACUUGAUAUGGUCACAGUUCACUGUUCUGCUAACUGCAAGAAUAAAUCAAACACACCUCACGGAAUUCAAAUAUUUGCAAACAUUAUUGAGAUGCUUCCUCAUCCAUCCAUGCGUGCUGAGGAGUAAGGUCAAAAUAUGCAAAAAACAGACUAACCACAUUUUAAAAAAUUACGCUAAAAGUGAAGAUAUGUAGAUCCAUAUAUAUAGAUAUAUAUAUCCAUGAUAGUUAUUAAAGAUGAGAAUAUGUGCAGGUCACAGACAUAACAGCUCAGAUUUAGUUUCAAAGUGAAGAAAAGUCCCUUUCAGGCAGGAGCCUUAAGCCCAGCUUAGCCAGCCAUGCAAACUGUAGAGUGCUUUAUAUCCUGAACAGCUCUCCAUGGUUUCAGGCUGCAAUUCCACAGACUGAACAAUAACACAUCCUAAAGUCUAUCAGUCUUCGGACUCCAGUGACAUGUCCAAUAUUACUGUUGUACAGACAGAAGUAUGUCUGUAAUGUCUGUUAAAGGGGAGAGCCUUUUGUGUUCUCUCAAGUGUCACUCUGUAGAUUUUAAAUCACAACCCUUGUGAAAUCAGACUGCAGAACAAAGUGAGUACUGCAUCUUGUCUUGACAUAGGCAUGACAUAUUCUACUUAGAAUUAGCCAAACUUACUGUCCAUCCUAUUUUAACCAGAAAAUAACAUGUUUUCUUUUCUUUACAGCCUCCUCAACAACAAUCAUAUACGAAGGAUCCCCAGGGGGGCAUUUGAAGACUUGGAAAACCUCAAAUAUCUCUAUUUGUACAAGAAUGAAAUCCAAUCAAUUGACAGACAAGCAUUUAAGGGGCUUGUCUCUCUUGAGCAACUGUACCUGCACUUCAACAACAUUGAGUCUUUGGAACCAGAAUCAUUCACUCACCUACCAAAGCUGGAACGACUGUUUUUGCACAACAACAGAAUCACCCAGCUAAUCCCGGGAACCUUCUCUCAUCUUCAGGCGAUGAAGCGAUUGCGACUGGAUUCCAAUGCAUUAAACUGUGACUGUGAGCUGCUGUGGCUGGCAGACCUGCUGAAACAGUAUGCUGAGUCGGGCAAUGCCCAGGCUGCUGCCACCUGCGACUACCCCAGCCGCCUGCAGGGCAGAUCGGUGGCAACUCUCACAGCUGAGGAGCUUAACUGUGAGGUACCCAGGAUCACCUCAGAGCCCCAGGAUGUUGAUGUUACAUCAGGGAACACUGUCUACUUCACCUGUAGGGCUGAAGGCAACCCUAAACCACAGAUCAUCUGGCUCAGGAACAACAAUGCCCUAAACAUGCGUGAUGACACUCGUCUGAACCUGCUGGAAGAUGGGACACUGAUGAUCCAGGACACCAGGGAGACAGACCAGGGAGUCUAUCAAUGCAUGGCCAAAAACGUGGCCGGGGAGGUCAAGACUUCACAGGUCACACUGCGGUAUUUUGGAGCUCCCUCACGGCCGAGUUUUGUGAUCCAGCCCCAGAACACUGAGGUGCUGGUGGGAGAGAGUGUGACCCUGGAGUGCAGUGCCACAGGCCAACCGCAGCCCCGGGUUUCCUGGACAAAGGGUGAUCGGACACCCCUGCCCAACGACGCUCGCAUUAACAUCACCCCAUCCGGAGGGCUUUAUAUACAGAAUGUGGUCCAGGCUGAUGGGGGACAGUAUACCUGUUUUGCCUCCAAUAAUGUUGAUACCAUACACGCUACAGCGUAUAUCAUCGUACAAGCGAUCCCCCAGUUCACCGUCACGCCAGAGGACCAAUCAGUCCUGGAGGGUCACACCGUGGACUUUCCCUGUGAGGCUAGUGGUUACCCUCAGCCGGUGAUUGCCUGGACACGUGGGGGCAGUCCUUUACCCCUAGACCGCCGUCACAUGGUCCUGUCUUCCGGUACUCUCCGCAUCACUCGGGUGGCAGCCCAUGACGAGGGCCAGUAUGAGUGCCAGGCGGUCAGCCCUGUGGGGACUGUGCGCACCGCUGUGCAGCUCCGCAUCCAGCAGAGAGUAACGCCUGUUUUCACAAAUGCUCCAAGGGACCUGACGGUGGAGUCUGGCCAGGAUGUCCAGAUUCCCUGCAGUGCUCAGGGCCAGCCACAACCUGUCCUCACCUGGAACAAGGAUGGUGUACAGGUGACAGAGAGUGGCAAGUUUCACAUCAGCCCUGAAGGUUAUCUGGAAGUGAAGGACGUGGGCACAGCUGAUGGUGGACGCUACGAGUGUGUCGCCCGCAAUCCCAUCGGCUACCAGGUGGCUAGCAUGGUGCUCACUGUCACAGUUCCUGCAGUCAGCAGAGAGGGGGACACCUUUGUGAGCACAUCCAUAGAGCAGGCCAUCCGUAAUGUGGAUAGUGCUAUUGAGUCAACAAGGAGACGUCUCUUUGAUGGUCAGCCUCGUACCCCAGGAGAAUUGCUAGCUCUUUUCCGGUAUCCACGUGACCCCUACACAGUGGAGCAGGCACGUGCCGGGGAGAUCUUUGAGCAGACUCUUCUGCUCAUCCAGAACCACGUCAACCAGGGUCUCAUGGUCGACACCAACGGCACCGCAUUUCGUUACAACGACCUGGUGUCCCCUCGCUUUCUGGAGGUGAUUGCCAACCUGUCUGGUUGCACAGCCCACCGCCGCUUCAACAACUGCUCUGACAUUUGCUUCCACCAGAAGUACCGCAGCCACGACGGGACCUGCAACAACCUGCAGCACCCUAUGUGGGGCGCCUCACUCACUGCUUUCGAACGACUCCUGAAGUCAGUCUAUGAUAACGGAUUUAACCUGCCCAGAGGUGCUACUGAGCGGCUGCAUAAUGGAUACAGGUUGCCUCUGCCGAGGUUGGUGUCCACCACCAUGAUUGGAACAGAGACCAUCACUCCUGAUGACCGCUACACUCACAUGCUGAUGCAGUGGGGUCAGUUCCUAGACCACGACUUGGACUCGACAGUGGCGGCCCUUAGCCAGUCACGCUUCUCUGACGGCCAGCUGUGUGCUCAGGUCUGCACCAAUGACCCGCCAUGCUUCCCAAUCCAGUUCCCACCCAAUGACCCACGGCAGCUGCGAAGUGGCGCCCGCUGCAUGUUCUUUGUCAGAUCUAGCCCUGUGUGCGGCAGUGGGAUGACAUCUCUUCUCAUGAACAGUGUAUAUCCAAGAGAGCAAAUCAAUCAGCUGACCUCUUACAUCGAUGCUUCAAAUGUGUACGGCAGCUCGCGGCAUGAAUCUGAGGAAAUCCGAGAUUUGGCCAGCCAGAGGGGUCUUCUCCGCCAAGGUAUCAUCCAACGAACAGGGAAGCCACUUUUGCCAUUUGCUACCGGACCACCCACUGAGUGCAUGAGGGAUGAAAACGAGAGUCCAAUUCCAUGUUUCUUAGCUGGAGACCACCGUGCCAAUGAGCAGCUUGGUCUGACCGCCAUGCACACGGUGUGGUUCAGGGAACACAACCGCAUAGCUGCAGAGCUACUGAGACUAAACCCCCACUGGGACGGGGACACCAUCUACCAUGAGGCCAGGAAGAUAGUGGGGGCCCAGAUGCAGCACAUCACAUACAGUCACUGGUUGCCAAAGAUCCUGGGUGAGGCAGGCAUAAAGAUGAUGGGGCCAUACACUGGUUACGACCCCAAUAUUAACGCAGGCAUCGUCAGUGCUUUUGCCACUGCUGCCUUCCGCUUCGGGCACACCCUCAUCAACCCAAUACUCUACAGGUUAGACGAGAACUUUCAGCCCAUCCCCCAAGGACAUAUCUCUCUGCACCGGGCCUUCUUUUCCCCGUUCCGCAUCGUGAAUGAGGGUGGCAUUGAUCCACUCCUUCGUGGGCUAUUUGGCGUGGCUGGUAAAAUGCGGGUUACCACACAGCUGCUGAAUACGGAGCUGACAGAGCGGUUGUUCUCCAUGGCCCACGCUGUGGCUCUGGACCUAGCUGCCAUGAAUAUACAGAGAGGAAGAGAUCAUGGCAUACCACCGUAUAAUGAUUACAGGACCUUCUGUAACCUGACCUCGGCUCAGACGUUUGAUGAUUUGAGGAAUGAAAUUAAGAAUCCUAAUGUCAGAGAGAAACUUCAGAGGCUGUAUGGCAUUCCUCUGAACAUCGACCUGUUCCCUGCACUGAUGGCUGAAGACCUGGUCCCUGGCAGUAGACUGGGGCCCACCCUCAUGUGUCUGCUGGCAGCUCAGUUCAAACGCCUGCGGGAUGGAGACAGGUUCUGGUAUGAAAACCCCGGCGUGUUCACUCCUUCUCAGCUGACCCAGCUGAAGCAGGCCUCUCUGACACGGGUGCUGUGUGAUAACGGCGACAACAUCACACGCGUCCAGCAGGAUGUCUUCAGGGUGGCUGAGCUGCCCCAUGGUUACAGCAGCUGUGACGACAUCCCUCAGAUCGACCUGCGCAUGUGGCAGGACUGCUGUGAAGACUGCAGAACCAAGGGUCAGUUCAACGCCCUGUCAUACCACUUUAGAGGACGCAGAUCAGCUGAACACAGCUACACAGAGGAUAGACCUGCCAACAGCAUCCAGGAGAACAGCCCAGGGGCAGAAGCUGUAGAAAGUCUUGUAAAUGUUACUUUGACCUCCAAAAAAAGCACUGAACCCUCAAUCAACGACUUCCAGGACUUUGUCUCCGACAUGCAGAAGACAAUCACAAGUUUACGAAAGCAGAUUAAAAGACUUGAGACCCGUCUGAGCAAGACAGACUGCACUGAUAGUGAGGGACAUGAGCGAACAGACGGGGAACGGUGGAAAAAGGACUCCUGCACCAUAUGUGAAUGCAGAGAUGCCCAGGUGACUUGCUUUGUGGAGUCUUGUCCACCAGUCAAGUGCAAACGGCCCGUCAAGCUAAAAGGCACCUGCUGCCCGGUGUGCCUCGAACAGGCAGAUGUUGAGAAGCGGAAAAAAGCAGACACCCACCAUGAGUAACCCUCAGGACCCCCAGACAAACACACUCUAGGGGAUGAAAGUCAUACGCUCACACACAGACAUCCAGAGAGAGGAUGAGACUCAUGAAGGUGUGCUCACGCACAGCCACCAAUAGCCUCGAUAGACCCAAUAGCCUCAGUUUUUGUUUUUGUUUCAUUUUGUAUUCCUUUGUGUUGAUCAGGGGAGGGGGGUAAUGUUCUUUUCUUUUUGGAUUGUUGCCCCCUCCAGGGCCAGCAGCCUGAGGCUCGGUUUGAAAUCCUCUGGGAACCAGCCAGCGAUCACUAAAUGGAUUUAUUUCUGAAUCGACGGGUGGAUGGAUGGAUGAAUGGGUGGAUUGUAAACAAGAGGGACAAACCUCUUCUAUUUGCUCGGAGUCCACUGAGGCUUCUGAAAUGUAACAAACAGCUUCUGUGUUUGCUCGCCCAACACUUGGUGACAAAACGCAGGGCCACUUGCCGCCGACAAGCAGGAAAGGGAAGUAGAUUGAAAGACAGCAUCCAUUUUGUUUUCUCACAAACGUUUCUCAGGUUAGAGAUGCCAAACUGGUGCUAUUUCCCCCUUUUUUAUUAAUGAAUUAAUCACUAAAUACGAACCUUCAAAGUAUUGUCAUUUGUAUGCAAAGCAUCCUAUAUACACUCAGUAUAUGCCUUUUUAUGAUAAAUCACAGUCGAGAGGAUGGUUUUAUUCAAUUUUUCACUUAAAGACUUUUUAUGAAUAAAUUUCAGACUUCAUCUUUUAAUCCAAGGUGCUUUAUAUCAUGCUAUAAAUAUGUAUUUUUCCUCCCGUUUUGUACAAAAAUGCUUACAUAUGAAGAUAAUGUGAAGCCCUACGAAAAUGUUUGUAAUGCAAAAGAGAUGUCUACUGAUUACUGCUCCUCUAUCCAUGGACAGCAUGUUAACUUGCUUAUUGUCUCUGCUGGCCUGUCCUGAACUUGAGUGAGGUGGAGCCGCGUAGCGCUCCCCAUUGCAGGACACUCAAACCAGCUCUUGCACUGAGGUGCUCCUUUCCAAGUUUUAUUUUGCUUUCAGAAAGCAGUGAAAAUCAAUUUAUACCACUGUAAUGUUGUGAACAUUGUCCCAGUAUUUUCCUCAGUCCUCUAAAGCCAAAUGUAUGAUUUAGUAACUUCUAAAAAUGACAUGGAUAGCACAUGUAUGUUUGAAUGUUGCAAUGAGGUCAGGAUUUAGCCUUUGGUACUGCUUGCCCUACCACAGCAGUAUUCCUCUUCUGGUCUGCUCACAGAAUUUUUUUAUUCAUGUAUAAUCUUUAGUCCACAGACUACACACAAUUGAAAGACUGUCGUCAUAACUGUUGACUGCUCUUCCCUGCAGCUUUCUAGCUCCAGUUUAGACAAGGAAACGCGUGCAUGCAUUCCUUUGUCAAACAUCCACUUUGACUCCACCUUCUUGUUUGCUCAUGUGUGUUCAGUGUUUGGAUAUUACCCCCUGUGAGGACCGACUUCAGUGUUGAUAUAGGUUAGGAAUGCUCGCCAUGCACACAUUUCUAUGCCAUGUUAAAGAUUGUGAGACCGGGGUGACGUCUUUCAGCAGAGCAUGUGUGGAGCGCAGGCUUCUCUAGCCCUCUGACCCUCAUUCCACUAUAAUGGAAGCCAUAUGAGAGGGGAAGCAAGGGUAAUGCUGGGGGAUGGGUGCUGAUGAUUGGGAUACAGUGUCAAUCAAGAAGUCUCCACCAUCUUGUUUUUCUCAGACAAAUUUAUUCCAUUGACUCCUGUCAGCUGGCCUUACACGUGUACUGUACAGAGACAGAUGCCACUCAUUGUGCCCCUUGCACUGGCUCAGUUAGUGUAACACAAGUCACGUUUUUGCUUUCCUGUUUUGCUUUUCUCCUAAUUAUGGUGAAGAGGCUACAGCUGCAGUGUCCCUUUCCAUUGUUUUCUUUAUGUGGUAACAUCCUGAGCAUGCAUCUGUCACUAAACAGAAAUAAUACUCUCCGGAAUGUUCCGUUCAGGAUUCCAGAUGGAUUACGAGGCUGGCAGUCGCACUGGUAAAUUGGUAUCAUAUCAUAUGUUUAAUUAUACUGGACAGGUUUGUACGUCAAACUGUGUGUUUACAGUUGUGUAUUUCUCUCCCCAGUAUUUUCUGUUUGUGGCUCCUCCAACAAUACCCGUAUGUACACACCCUCUCCACGUGUGUAUGUGUUACCGAAUUUAGUGUUUUGAUAUGUUUUCAUAAACUUUGUGUGUGAAUGAUGUGUGUAUCUCUGUGUCAUUUACAGGCCAAAUGCAUUUUGGCGUCCCAAAGUUUGGCUGUCAAAGCACUGUGAGCUCUCUUUGUUACCAAUGUUCAUAUACAUAUUAGUUCAUUUUUAUUUUCCAUUUUCAUCAUAGAUCCCUCUCCUUUUAGUUUCACCCCAUAAUAUCAAUGGCAAUGGAAUGCACUACUCUGCAAUACUGAACAUGCUUUACCUACACUGUCCCGUAACCAGUGGUCAAUGUGGAUAUAAUAGUACCUAUCAUGACAUUUGUAUUGUACGUUUGCCAAAGAAUGGUUUGCACUGUAAUGUAUGCCUCUUGACAGUAAUAAUAAAUAAAUAAAUAAAUAAAUAAGCCACAUUUGGAUUACAGUCA